CCAGCGUGCACUCAGUAUGUCUCAGAACUGUGCAACUGUAUAGGAACACACCACGAGCCAACCUCUAGACAAAGAUUUGACACGUUCAGUGUAUGCAACAAAACACAAACUCAAACCCCGAUCGAAUAGAAAAAAUAUCAUUCGACACUGUAAGACAAAAGACGAGAAAUGCAACAUAUGCAGCAAAACCUUGAUCCCCAGGAAGGGACCUCGUCGGCCGCUGUUCACCCUAAGCAGCAAAACCCAAACCCAAGAGGGAAAAACAAGGCAUCAAAUGGAGGGACUCCAUCUGAUGCUGCCAAACAAAAGGGUGCAAACAAGAAGAAGAUGCAGAAAAAUGCAAACCCAAACCCCAGAGCCAAAAACCCUGGACCCAAUCGAGGGCCUGUGCCACAUCAGCCCAAUGCCCACUUUAAACCCAAUAAUGGGCCUGGGCAACAUUGGCAAAAUCCACGGUUUGUGCCAAAACAAGGGCCUGUGCCACAUCAGCCCAAUGCCCACUUUAAACCCAAUAAUGGGCCUGGGCAACAUUGGCAAAAUCCAUGGUUUGUGCCAAAACAAGGGCCUGUGCCACAUCAGCCCCAUCCUGACCAUAACACCAACGAUGGGCCAUCUCAGCCACAGCCUCACUUAACACCAAAUGAUGGCAGUCGUCCAUACAAUGAGACUGAUGAACUGGGUGCGCUGAGAUUCCACCUGCAGGAGGCUCAGAACAUGUGCAAAACCAAUCUAUACAAAAUGACAGCUGCAAACCACAAAGCUGCUGCAGCUAAAACUCAGAAUGAUUGGGUUCGCUUUCAGCUACAGUGCUGCAGAGGAAACGCUCAAAAAACCAUCCUUGAGCUCCAAAAACAGCUGGAAGAGUCUCGUAGAAAGACACCCGAGGAGAACUUCACCCCUGAGGUGAGUGAGGCUCCUGCUGAAGACAGCAACACAGCUGUCACAGCUGCAGAGCUGAGUGUGGACGCUUCAACACAAACUGCAGAAGCUCCACACACAGAUUCUACAGAUGUGAAAACCGAUCGAGAAGCUGAGUUGGAGAUCCAGUGCAAAAAACAGCAAGAAGAGAUCAAACAACUCCGUGAGCAGCUCCUCAAAACUCAAAAGAAUCUAGAAGAGGAAGCUGCAAAGCGUGAAGAUCAGGAACAAAGAGCCAACUGUGAGCUCACUGAGCUGAAAGACAAACUCAGCACCAGUGAGGCUCUUUGUGAAAAAAAUGAUUUGAAGGCACAAAACUUAAAAGAAGAGCUGGAGAAAACCAAAGCUUCCCACCUGGAAAUCGUGGAGAAGCAAAACCUGGGGAACACAACGAUCUGCAACCAACUCAGGCAAGCAGAAGAAGAAAAGAUCUCACUUCUGGAGUUUUUGCAGUAUCUGCAAGAGACAAUGGAAAAGCAAGAAGACCAGUCCAAUGUUGCCCGAGAAGACAAAGUGCCAAAAGAAAAACCAAAAAAGAAAAAGAAGCGCAGUUGGUUUUGGAGACUAUUCACUUAAGUGACUUCCACUCCGUCUCCUAUAAAAUCACAGUAAUAUACAACUAAAUAUUAACAGGCACUUCCAGUGCCUAAACAUCCAUUUAAAAGCAUAUUUGCUUUAAUAUUUAGUUGUGUAUAAUUUUGUCAUCGGUUCCACCACCCCCCAACCGGUCGCGGCAGAUGGCCGCCCCUCCCUGAGCCUGGUUCUGCCGGAGGUUUCUACCUUUUGAAAGGUAGUUUUUCCUCCCCACUGUCGCCAAGUGCUUGCUCAUAGGGGAUUGUUGGGUUUUUUCUUUAGUUCAGUUCAAUUCAAUUCAUUUGUAUGUAAAUACUGUUGGAUUGAAUUGAACUGAACUAAAGAAGAUUUUUAGGAGACGGAGUAGUCACUGAGUGAACCAGGGUAUUAUAACAUCUUACCCAUAAAAAAAAUUACAAUCAAAAAAAUUAAAUAAACAAUUGGAUUUAACAAAACAUCUGAAGUGUGAACAUUUUGUCUCAUUUAAAACAUAUGAAAAUGUCCAAUUAUAACAACCUAACAGCAGAAAUAAAAACAUUUACAUCCUGGUUGAAAACAUUUUUCUGUGAAUGAUAUCCACUGUGUCUGUGUUGUUGAUGCCUUUUGGGGGGAAAAAAAGUCUAAAGUAUUGUAGUUGAGUACAGCUCCAGGUUUUGUACAGAGUACUUUCCAUUUGCUCUAACUUUACUCUGCUAUCUCAUCAAUAAAAGGGAAGAGGUAUACCUAGCUGUAUGGUGCCCUGACAAAAACCUGCUCCUGAAUACCUGAAUAAUAUAGAAUAGUCAUUUGUCUGUGGAAAGAGAUUUCUUUAAAGCUCUGGACCUGCACUCAACAAUAUUUAUCAAAGUCUUGCAACUCUAGAAAAUGAGCAGAAAGACGUUGAUCGAGUGGUAAGUAUUAGUAUAUUAGUAAUCUUUGGCGUCAUUUUGUUACGGUCCUAGCAGGGCCUCCUCCUGAAGUCGCCUGUGUAGGCAUGUCCUACCGUCUCUCCUGCCUCAGGUGCCACCUUUUUCUUUUGUACAGCUGACUCCCAUCAGCAGUUAAAGGUAUUUAAGGCCAGAGAAAGGUGAGCUCUGGUGCCAGAGAUCCAUGUUGGUGGUUGCAGCUAGUGAGCUGUUUUUGUUUGGAGGUUGUUUACUGCUGCUCUGUGAAGUGUUUGCUGACUAAACUCUUUUUUUACUUGUUUUUCAGUUUACUGACCGACGCCUGAGUUUUUUUGUUUGUUUCUUUAAAAAAAAUGUUGUACUUGUUGCACUGACAGCUUUAAAUGCUAGCUACAUUUAAAAUUAAUUAUGUGAACUUAUAAAAUAUGUUUCAUUUAUCACCAAACUACCAAACAGUAAUAAAAGAAAGAGUAAAAAAUAAAGUAAUAUAGCAAUGUUGUCAUUUACUUUAGAUGAUUUUGUACCACAUGCUGCACAAAAAAGCAUUAUGAAUGUGACUAAUUUGAUUAUUCAUCCCAUAUUUUGGAAAUUAUUAUUAUUAAACAUAGUGUUAUCGUAUAAUGUUCUUGGACCGUUUUCAGUUGAUUUUUUAUUUAUUUAUUUGUUGUUUGCUGUUUUUGCUUAAUGAAUUUUAAAGCCUUUGUUCCAUAAUGAUCAAAUUUACACCUAUUCUGCUUUAUUUUAUUUUGCUUUCAAAUAUUUUUUUUCCCUUAAGAGAUUGAGCUACAGUUUAUACUGUUCCACUUAUUUAAGUUAUUUUGAUAUAUGUUGUGUUUAAAUAUAAGAUAUACUGAUUUAUUUAUCCCAAAAAUUUGGACCUAUAGAAACAGUUUUUGUCAUGAAUAUGUCAAGAUUUCAUAGUAUUAUCUCAAAUGGUUCGACUUAACUAAAAACUUCUGAGAAAAAUCCAAAUAACUUUAAAAAAAAUUUAAAUUUAAAUUAACUUAAAUUUUUGAUCUAUGAUUAGUAAGUUUAAAAAAAAUCAGUGGCAGAAACAAACUUCCAUAUCUAUUAAAAAAAAAACUUUCUUUAAAAAGCCGUAACUAGAAUUAGAUUCGGUGCGUUUAAGAAAUGUUUUAAUCUUAAAAUAAAAAAAAUUAAAUUUAUGACAUGUUAGAGCUCGCUCUGCUACUUCUGCUGCUAGGUAGCCGUGGACGCGUUUUUCACGUCAGCGGCGUCAUUUCCGCCCCGCAGACCCCGGAUGAAGCUGCCGUUUGGGGCAAGUGAAGCAGGGCCACUGAGGCUGGUCGGGUUUUAAUUUAGCAGAGAGGGGGGUCGGAGCGGAUCGGAGCCCCGCUGGAUUAAUGUGGACAGGGCAGCGCGGAGUGCCAGCAGGGCUACGAGGAGCAAACACUCCGGGUCGAGCAGAGACACCGGCUAAAAGCUGCUGCUAACUCUGUUUAACUGUUAGCAGCAAAGUAACGCAGA